AUGAAAGAAAUUUCGCUAGUUUGUCUUUCAAUCCUUGCCAUAUGCUGGAGCAAUGUGGCUGGUUUUAAUUUAACAGAACAUCAUUUGACUAUUGAAGAACUGGCUCUUGAUGCGCAUUUUGUUGAAGAAUAUGCCAAAUGGUCACUCGAACUUUUUUCUCAGCCAGACUAUUUAUACGGUCCACCUUCACAACCUUUCCCUUGUACAACAGAGGCUAUGCAAAGUUCUGAAAUUCCCACAUCGGUUCAUGCUCUACGACCCGGUGAUAUUCAAUGUGUUGCAGCCUUGGGCGACAGUUUAACAGCAGGCAUGGGUGCUCACGCUAUUACUCCAGUCGGUGUUCUUUUAGAGAAUAGAGGUGUUUCCUGGUCUAUCGGUGGUGAUCAUACCUACGAGAAAGUAGUCACAUUACCGAAUAUUCUUCGUCUUUACAAUCCAAAAUUAAAAGGCUUUUCAACGAAAACUUCAAUAUCAUUUCUGAAUGGUCAAAAUGCAAAAAAUAACGGACUCAAUGUUGCCAAAUCGGGUGCUCGUUCUUAUCAUAUGGUUGAACAAGCUGAUCUUCUCUUAGAUCGUUUAAAGAAUGAGAAACUAUGCGAUUGGAACAAUGACUGGAAACUUAUUACAUUCUUUAUUGGAGGAAAUGAUUUGUGCGAUUUCUGUACGGAUUUAACUAAACAUGAUCCAGCCAAUUUUGUUGGAUGGAUUCGUGAUACACUCGACCGAUUGUAUAAUGCUAAUCUACCCCGUACAUUAGUAAAUCUUGUACUCGUUCUUGACGUUCGUUCUGUCAAAGAACUUAAAGAUGGCAAUUUUAUUUGUGGACUUCUUCACAAAUAUUUAUGUCCAUGUGCAGCAUAUCCUACAGAAGAACAAGAAAAAAUAUUAGCUGCAUGGAUUCCUCAAUAUCAACAAGGUCUUAUCGAUCUAGUGAAUACAGGUCGCUAUGAUGGCCGUGAAGAUUUCACUGUCGUUGUUCAACCAUUCUUGACACACACUCAGCCUCCUCGAAAAGCCGACAAAGACAACAAAAUCGAUUUCAGCUAUUUUGCUCCUGAUUGCUUUCAUUUUAGCGGCAAAGGUCAUUCAGUCGCGAGUUUGUCAAUUUGGAAUAAUAUGUUAGAACCGGUUGGCACGAAAAAAUCUUCAUGGCACAAAGAUGAAUCGUUCGAAUGUCCUACACAGGAUCAUCCUUUUAUCUAUACAUCGAAAAAUUCGGUUUAA